AUGGUCUACCGUGAUCUGGGCACGAAGAUAUUUGCCAAGAAACAACCGCUAUACUUCCUGGGUCAAAACAAAUAUGAUUAUAAGAAACUGGAACAAUUCGUCAAAGACGAUUAUCGUGCACAGAGGGUCCACAUGUUCAGAUCGUAUCACAAUCCUACACAACCUAGUGAUCAGGACCGCAAUCUUUUCCGCGUCAAUCUGAAUGAUCAGAAAGACGAAAGGAUCUGCGAGGUUGCGCGUGCUACAUCUGCAGCACCUUACUACUUUCGUUCCAUCAAAGUCAGUGGACUCAAGUACCUUGAUGGUGGUAUUAUGGCAAAUAACCCGUCCCGGCAUGCCUGGGCUGAGGCCAGCUCUAUGCAUCUGAACCACCCUUCAGGAGCCUGUCCGGGUGGCGAACCGGAAGGAGGCAUCCGCUUCUUCGUAUCUAUCGGCACUGGCAAACGGGCAGAAGAGCAGAUCAAGAGCGGCAAGAUUCGCAAGGCUCUUAGCUUGAUCAACAAGGGAGUCCAAAGUAUAACCGAGACUGAGGAGGCUCACAGAUGGAUGCAAGCUACUGUGUCAAACAACGACAUAUACUACCGGUUCAACGUUGAGACCGGGCUUGAAGACAUGAGACUCGACGAUUGCAGAAUCGGCCAAGAUGAGCAUAACAUCACAUAUCACGAGAUUAAAGCCGCCGUCGACGAUUACCUUCAAGAUAGCGAGGUCUGGGCCAGGCUAGAGAAUCUUGCGAAGCGGCUAGUCGACAAUCGCCGACAGAAGUGUAGACGACAAGAUCGGGGAUACCACGGCCUCUGUGUGCCUGGACCUCUGUAUCGCACAUUCGACGAUAGGUUUCACGAUGGAGACAGAGAUGAGGACGUUAUCAACAGCCCUGUCGAUCCCAUCAGAACCCGCGCAGGAUCUGUUCGUCGGCCUGCAAAUGGCGCCCAUGAGCUUAACACGACAGUACAGGAAAUGCCAACAUCGGCGUCUGUGCCUGAACUAUAUCCACAAAGCCCACCACAGAGCCCAACAACUUGGCAUGACACGCCCUUCCAGGAUCAGCAAGAGUUUUCCUCGAACGGCGCUCCUAGACCUCAACCUCCCCAAGCUGAACUUUUCAACAUGACUCUCCAACUCUUCCUGUGCAUGGUUGCAUACUCUCCAGCAUUUGUGCGCAUCACAUGUUCGAUCCAGCGGUGGCCGCACUCCCUUGAUAUAUGA